GGCAGCCCAACGGUAAACGGUACAGUUCCACACCUUUCUAGUUAGUGCGUUCCACCUGAGCAUAAUUAGCUCAGCAACCAACUUACCAACAACUAUUUUUCAGUGCGCUGGAAUUUUCGUCGAUCUUCUUGCAGAUCGGAGUGUCGUAUCGGAUGUAAUCGUAGAUCGGAGUAAUCGUACUCACAAGUAGAACAGAUAUUCCUGAUCCAGAUCGCAUAGAAAGCAUUUUAUUCUAAAUCAAAAUGGCAGCCAUCUCAGACUUCCGUAAGAAGAAGUUGCUGUACGUGUUCAACGUGUUCUUUGACGUUAAUCAGAGUGGGGAGAUUGAUCGUAAAGAUUUUGAGCUUGCGAUCGAAAAAAUCUGCGAACUGCGCGGUUGGCCAGCCGGUAAUCCUAAAAAUGUUGAGACACACGAUUCUAUGUUUAAGAUAUGGGAAGGACUACGUUCUAAAGCGGACAAGGACAACGAUGGACAGGUUUCUGUAGAAGAAUGGUGCAAUAUGUGGGAUGCGUAUGCUAAAGACCCCAGCUCAGUUAUGGAUUGGCAGCUUAGAUACAUGAACUUCAUGUUCGACCUGGAGGAUGCCUCGCACGACGGAACCAUCGAUGGGGAUGAAUUUUCAAUUGUUUGCUCAAGCUACGGCGUGGACAAGAACGAGUGCCAGGAGGCAUUUAAGAAGAUGUCAAAGGGAGCUGUUGAGGUCAACCGCGAAGAGUUUGCCGAGCUGUGGCGUGAAUACUUCUCAUCUGACGACCCUGUCUCUCCUGGUAACUUUAUCUUCGGUAAAACAUCGUUUUAACGGAGUGGCAUGUAAGAAGAACCCCAAUAUGCCCCACAAAAAUGCUGAUAAUAAUACUACAAAUAUGGUGGUGACAACGCUACUGAUGUUGACGAUGAAACUGUGGUGAAAAUGUUUAGAAACUGGUAGUAGAACCCCAAGCAUGUUAGACAUCAUAGCGGGUUUGCCAGCGGAAGAUUGUUGUGUAUUGUGUGAGUACUAUAUGCAUAAUUUGAUCAACUACGACGCACAACUUUACGAUAAAUAUCAAAGUGAACCAAAUUAGCAAAUGCUCGGUGGUAAUUGUGAAACGAAAACACCAGAAAUACCAUAAUAACAGCGGGUAUACAGACGUUCGCACACAGUGAACAAUAUGCAAUUCUUGAAAAACAAAAUAAAAGCCAUCUUCCCUGGUACCUUCCGUUAGUCCAACAAAUAAUGUGUUGUUUCUUUACUGUAUCCCUCUUUUUACUGACCUGCUGUACUUUAAGAGCAUCGAAUACGCACAAUAUGGAAAAAGAACAACCGAUUCGUACGACCCAAAGUUUAAGAUGUAGCAAAGAAGUGCUUCGAACCUAUUUUAAUCUUCUUAUGAAAAUUCUUGAUGCUCUCACAGUCUCGCGCAAAAAAGCGAUGCUUUGUUAAAACCUUUAUCGUGAACAGCAAACUGGCUUCUCUUCGAAAGACUGCUGUUGGAAAGGGCAUCGUUCAUAUUUGUUUAUGUCACGCUACGCAAUUUUUCGUCAGCUUAAAGUCAAUCUGGAAAAUACUGCAAACGGAUCGCUACAUUAAAUAUGAAAUGAAAGUGUACCACAUUUGCGUUUACUUUUAGCAGUGGAGUCGAACGAACAUACCGCACUGCUUCAUCAACGCUGGUGAUGAGGUUCGCGUUCCUUUUUUAUGAUCAUAGAACUGCCACGAAGCUCAUCGUGCUACAUAAGACACUAGAUAAGACACUAAGUGAAACAUUUUUUCACGAAUGCUUUAAACAGCAUUGAACGUGGGGUGUAGAAGACUUGAGACGAAUGAAAUAUGGUGUGACAAUUUGGAACAGCUAAACAUUGUUCACUACGAUAAGAGAUUCGGUGCAUGCUCAGUGUUUUAGAGGAGCUGACGUGACGCGGGAUAUGGAACGGACGAUGAAAAUAAAUCUAAUAAAGUGAUCUUCCUUAACGAUUCUCUUUAGUUUGUCUACACUUUACACUAGCAUAUGACACUGUUUGUGAGCACCAACAUGCAAGGGUAUGAAAGAUACAAGAAACAUAUGUAUAAGGGUUCGUAAAAAAUUCAUUCUCAAUAUUCUACCAAGAUGGAAGAGAACGUUCUAAAUCGUUGCUCUUAUUUCUGUACUUCCAACUUAAGGAAGCAGUUUAGCUAUCAAGUUAAAGAAAUGAUUUUAGUAUUCCAUCUUUGACCAUAUUAUGUGUUUUAUUGCUUUUAUUUUAAACUACUUUUUAUGUUACUGUUAUACAAAUGAGUUAUUCGCUUUCAAUAAAAAAGUGAUUCAGUCAAACAUAAAGACACUGUUUGAAGGACAAAAGCUCAGUAUAAUUUGGCUAUAACAGGUAAAUAAUAAACUUGAAAUUAACAGUGUAGGAAUCAUUUAAGGAAUCAUUUCUGAGUUAUUAGUUAAGUUCUGUUCUUGAUUGAGGUUGAACUGUGCAGUUUCUAGUUAUGUUUCAACUUGGAAUAAUCGAGGUUGUCGUGUAGUUUUGUUUACCACUAUGUCUGUGUAGUCGUGUAUGUCAGCAAACUCCACACUAUACAAGGAAAAUAUGACUCUGUCGAUCUAAAUUCCAUUGGUGUUCAUUGUGAUAAACGGCUCCCCAGGACGAAGUACAGCCAGUAGUUAACGAAAGUAGUAGUUGUCGUGUAAUUUACACAGGUGCCCCAAUUUCUAGAAUAAAUAAUACUAAUACUUGACCACAUCUUUCCCAAAUCAGUUAAUUGGAAUAUCUUUAUGAAGCGCUUUAUACGUUCGCCUUUUCAUAUUACCGUUUGAAGCGUUCAAUUUCUGAUUAGACAACUUCAAGUACCGUUACGCUGUGCAAUUACUGAGCAGAAAAAAUAUCCUACACUAUGCCAGCCGUUUCUUGGUGUUUCUCUUGGUAGAUAAAUGAAAAAAAAGAUCGAUAAAACGAUUCUAUAAACUGUUACCGUAUCGUAGAAAAGUGUCAGAAACUCUAUCUCUUGCAUGUUAUAGUUUAUCGGUGCAAAUGAUUAUCUAAGACAGUUGUAGCAAAACGAGAAGAGUUCUCAACAUAUUGAAGUGUACGUCAUUGUGUACCUACCGUAAUUGUCGUUUUUAUCAGAGCACAGGAGCUUUGUGACAAGUCAAUUAAAAUCCUAAGCAACAAUGAAUGCAGUAUCGAUCAUAAAGCACAAAGCUGGAAUAAAUACAUCAUAUUUACGAAUCGUUGGCAAAAUUACACGACCAUUUAUGAAUGGUUAAUCGCAAUCAAUCCAUUGCAAUGAAAUUAUUGAAAUGGUUGGAUGCUAGAGUCUGAUAUUUGUGUCCUUCUAUCCAGCUUGAUCUGAAAUCUGAAUUCAAUUACGUAAACAUCGUUCGAUGUAUUUACUCCAAACCCUUUCGAAAACUCAAACUCUAUAACAACACAUAAGAAAAGAUGAAUGAAGUUGAAAUCUAUAAGAAAACGAUGACUUGAAAAUGAUUACUAAACAGCCACAUUGAAAUCAAAGUUUAGCAGUAAUAAAAUAUACCAUUUAUUGAUGUUGCGUAUUUUCAUAGAUACGGCAAUUGAUGAUUUUAUAUCAACUGCAAUUGAAGACGGACAAAUAAAUUUGCAGAGAAAGGAAUAAAUCAAAAUUGAAUG